AUGAAGAAGGCAACAAAGCAGAGAUCACCACAGGUGCAAUUCCUUUCCAAUAUGGAGUCGAAGUACCCGGAGUAUGCCAAAGCAAUACAAGUCACAGAAUGCAUGAUGGUGAAAGGGUUAAAUGCACUGGACAAGUUUUACCCAGUUGGAGAGCGCAUAUAUAAAAGUGGUGCAGAAUGGUUUUCAACCGCGAAAAAACAUCAAUUGGCGCAUGUUUGGCCGAUUCUUCUUGGUUUUUGUGUCUGUUUCUUUGGCGGAUGUUUUGCUAUGCUUAUUGCUGUAGUGGAGGUGGUGUAUCUUACUACGUGGGAUAGUAUUAAAAAGAGUAUUGGUACUAUUUAUGAAAAUUACCUUUUGGCACGAGAGGCAAGCCUAAAGGAUGACAUGUUAGAUGAAGAUGGCAAUGGUAUUCCAGAUGUUCAAGAGAUUUCCGGAAAGGAACUUUUUUCACGUAAAUUAAGUUUGUUUUUAUGUUCUGUAGAUCCAGUCAGUUUAAGGGAAGCCUUUAAUACUUUACUUCUUGCAUUUUUUGCAAUCCUUGCAGCUCUUAAGAACAAUAUUGCCAAUACACUUGUAUUUGCAUGUGGUCUUGCAGAUAUUAUAGAACGUAAUUUUACAAUAAAAGAUUUCAUUGAUGAUGUGUUGCCUCCGGAGCAUAAGAAGUUGUCUAGUCUCAUGACGAUGAUGUUGUUGAAUUUUAUUUCCGUAACCGUUGCAACGGUUUUGAAGCGGUAUGUUAUGACGCUGCAAUGUGCUUUGCUUGGUGCAACGAUGCUUGUUGGAAAUGCCAUCACACUUGGAAAGAAGGCACAUCUUGUGGAGGAGGAUCUUGACAUGAAAAGUCAGCGAAGCAAACGUCUCAUCACUUUAUUGGCGUGUUUUGGAUUUCUUUGGCAGGCCUCUAACGGGUUUUCGGUGCCGUUUCCGUUAAACAUUUUGCUUUUCCCCGUCUCUUUGCUCGAGUGGCUUCUCGGCGUUGUCUUCGCCGUUUCCGUCACUUCGGGUUUCGUGUGA